ACCUGCUGCCCGCUUCAAAAUACCACGACCUACUAACAUGCCGACUUGUUCGUGACUGUACCUCGGUUACCGCUCACCUGCCGUGGCUAAUACAUAGAGCUCCACUUUCUCAUUGCGCACUACCUGUCGCAGAGCACUCUCCGGGACGCGACGGCGCCGCUGCUGGCAGCACUGGAGGCAAUGCCGGCCAUGCUGCCCGAGCGGCAUGACUGGCAGGGAAAUUUACAUUCGCGCUCAUACAGCGAGCUUGCUCGCGAGCUCCCGCAUGUAAAAGGCACUGAGCUACUGCGUGUAAUGCAGGCAUUGACCGAUAGAGACACAGCUGAGCUGCAGACCGCCGGUGGGACGGUCCUAGGACGGACAACCCGCCGAUCACAAAAACCUAUGCCAAUCACGGCCCGGAUACGCGAGCGGCACACCAACCCGUCGCGGCAGCUGCACCAGUCACAGCGUCUCCCAGUCUCGAUAUUUGCCAGUGCGCGCAAGCUGGUGCGCUGCCAUGGACACAAGUUCCCGACAUUCUGCGUUAGCUUUGACCGCACGUCGCGGCGCAUGAUCACGGGGAGCGACGACUACCUGGUCAAAGUGUGGUGCACACGCACCGGCUACCUCAUCAACUCGCUGAAGGGACACCAGGACGUGGUUACCGAUAUCACCAUCAACACCGAAAACACCCUGGUCGCGUCGUCGUCGCAGGACGGCUCAGUGCGGAUCUGGAACUUAAAAUCCGGCGAGCCACGCGCUGUCCUGGUCGCUCACGCCACUGGCCGCAACAAGUCUGUCACCGCAGUGCGCUUUUCGCCGUCGCCAGUGCCACAGCUGCGUUUCCUGGCCACGUCCUGCGACGAUGGACUGUGCCGCCUCUAUCGCUGGAGUCGCGAGUCGCUCACGGUGGAUUCGACACCCAUCGAAAUUGAUGCCAGGCCAGACACACGUGACAGCAUCACGGCAUUCACAUUCAACCACACAGGUUCACGCUUCGCUGUGGCCACAAAGGGCGGAUACAUCAGCAUCUACUCGACCAUCGCAGGCGCCGUCAACGCCCAGCCUGGCCAGUCGUGGGGCGAGCCAAAGCUGAUCAAGCGGCUGGCAGCACACGAUGAUAGCAUCACGACGCUGGCGUUCAGCGGCGAUGGCGAGAUGCUGCUGUCAGGCGCAAACGACGGCACAGCCAAGGUGUGGAAAUGUGAUAGCGCCAUGUCGGCAUGGCACUCAGUCACAGCUGAUGUCAAAGAGCCCGUGCCACCGCCGGAGGAUAUCCUGCCACUGGCACUGACCAGUGCAUGGGCCGAGCCAACCGCGCCUAGGGCAGAACUAAACCAGCCGGCGCCACUGCCCACGGCACUGCCUGCUGAUGCCCAGCAGCCGCCAGCACAGACAAUGCUGGCUGAUGGCAUCAUGUCGGUAGCCGGGCUACCGUCCGCAGCAGCAGCCGCAGCAGCCUCUGAGCCCAGCAGUGCAGUGAUCGAACAAAACCGCUUUGCCUUGGCCGACCAGCUUGCAUCUGUCGGCAUCAGCAGCCCUGCUGAGCUGGUGGCGGACAGCGCAACAGCGGCAGCCCCGGCAGCCCCGGCAGCCCCUACAGACGCACCUGCCGGCGCUCCUGAAGCUGCUACCGACUCAACAACGCCAGCGCCGCUCACUGUAAAGCGCAUCGAGACGAACCAGGUCGCCUGGAUGUGCGACAGCUCGCAUGUCAUCAUCAGCAACAAUCUCGGCACUGUCUUUCUCUUUGAUCCACACACGGGGAAGACCGUCUGGAAAAAGCGCGCCCACAGCGUCGCCGACACGUUUGUUCUGAUCCCCCACCCCACCGACCCGCGGAUCGCCGUCUCGGGUGGCUACGACGGUCGUGCUAUCAUCUGGGACGUGAGCACCGGCAACAUCGUAAAUGAGCUAAAGGUCGGCGAGCAGCUCUUUGACGGCGCGUUCUCCGAGGACGGACUUACCUUUGCGCUGGCUAGUGAGAGCGGCGCGGCAACGCUGUUUGGCCUUGGUCCAACGUGGGCGUACGAUGAUGCAAACAAAAUGCCCGAGCAGACGUUUGCCAGCGACUACACGGGGAUUAUCAUGGACGAGAACCACUUUGUCGCUGACCAGCAGAUGCAGAUUGCUGCGCACCUGGUGCCUCACAGCGCGCUGAUGGACUUUGACGGCCGCGUGUAUCGCAAGCAAAAGGGACCCAAGUUUGGUAUGGGCAUCACCAUGGGCGUCGACAGCGAAAAAUUUGCCAGUGAAGACCGUGGCCGGCUGGCUGCACUGGCUGUCGAGCUCGAGCAUGCCUAUCUCGACGUGCAGGCUGCACAGGCGCCUGUGGCAGAGACCCGGCCGGCACGCCGUCGCCGUAGGCGCGGCCGUCCUGCACGCUCCGAGACAGUCGAGGAGGCCAUCCCGGAAGCAGACCUCCAGAUCAUUAUCCCCAUCGACGAUGACAGUGACGACGAAGAGUAUACAGCCGGAGAAGAUGAGGAGGAGGAGGACGAUGGCGUGCUGGCGUUGGAUGAUGACGACGACGCUGACGGUGAGAACGAAGGUGGUGCGGACCGCCGGACUGCCCUUGAACUGCUACGCAGCCGCCACAACACUGCCACAACGCGCAUUCAUCGCCGUGCAGGCCGCCGCACCAUUGACGAAGACGACUCGGACGACGACGAGGCAGAUGGCAACUCACGUGAGGAUCUGGCCGAUGCCGGAUCGGGCAGCGAAGGGGAGGACAGUGGGUCCUUGCGUCCACGCCGCAGUCGCCGCGCUGGGCGCUUGGUCAUUGAGCCCCCGUCUGAAGACUUUAUCAACAUGGACUCGUCCGACGAGGAGUUUGCGCUGGAGGAAGCACCUCCACGGGUCAGCACUCACCACCAACCACCGAGUACCCGUGGUCGCCGCCGUGGUCGCCCUCGCCGCCGUGGCCGCCCCCGCAACUCGGACCCGGUCGUCGCCCAUGCCGAUACCCGUCGGCAGAUGCGCAGCCGGCGGAUUGCUAGCGACUCUGAAGGCGACGAUGACGAUGACGACAUCGACAUGGAAGGCAUGGCGACUGACACCAGCGAACCCGCACCUCCAGCCUCAAAUGAAUCAACUCCAAGGCGCAGCACCCGCUUGCACACCAACGGUACGCGGCGCACUACUAUUGAGUAUUCGAGCGAGGCUCUAGAAGAUGACGUGUCGGACGGUCGGUCGAUUCCUCAGUCACGUGCAGACCGCCGCGCCGCUCAGCCACGGGUUCCAACGUCGAACAGCAACGGUGAAGGUAGCGACUCGGACUUUGACGACAUGGCACGGACGCGGGCAGGUCGGCGUCGCAGUGGCCGCAAGCCCCUGAUUCCCGAUGAGGAGCCGCACACAUCUGCACAGGCGUCCACGUCGCGAGACAGCCCGUAUGCCCCGACAGAGUGGAUCUUGGCCACGCACCCAAGCACUGUUCCGUACCGGCCACAGGUGGGCGACAUGAUUGCGUAUUUCCGCGAAGGGCACCUCGAUUUCUGGGCCAGCCCGAAUCGCUGCAAGCAGCUCAACGAGAAGCUCCUCCCAUAUGUCCAGUACCCAAAUCUCUCGGUGGCUGUGUUUGGCCGUGUCGUUGGCAUCACCUACGCUGUCGGCCCACCGACAUACUGCACGGUCAAAAUCCAGCUGUUCCGGUUCCAGACGCUGGAGGAGCUGAACACAGAGAACCCGAUGCAGCAUGAGCUCACUCGUCGCUACAUCCAAGUGCAGUACCAUGACUGCGAUGGCGUUCCCGACUUCAUCAUUCUGUACUCGCGCUACCGCGCGUCACUGCAGCGCACGCUGAGCCGUGGCGACUCUGUUGAUAUCUUGUUUGACGAGGACCAGAUGCACAGCGCUGAGAUUAUUGGGUUCAAGGAUAUCAAGCCGACAGCGCGGCACGCCAGCAUGACUCGCCAGAUCGCUCGCAACCCUUGGAAGAGCAUCACAGUGCGAUGGACCGAGGAUGAGGAGAGCGCGGUCGAAUCCAACACUGAGGGUGAUACGAAGACAGAGCAGGUGUCGCCGUGGGAGCUGGAUCAUGACCAGGGCGUAGACUCUGAGAUCCACGAGACCGAAAAGGCUGCGCUACUCGAAAUUGUCGAUGAGCUACGUUUGAACGACGAGUUUGGCUGGUUUAUCAGCGACGUCGACUAUGUCAACGACUACCCAGACUACCUGCAGAACGUCGCCUACCCUAUGUGUCUCGACACGGUUAGACAGCGCAUCGAGUCCGGUUUCUACCGCUACGCCUCCGCAGUCACCUUCGACAUGAUCCUGAUCAAGGAGAAUGCUGAGAUCUACAACAAACCCGGCACGCCUGUCCCGGUGGCUGCCAAACACCUGCUCGAUGCAUACAAGUCCGUGUUUAACCAGACAUUAGGCGACCAUACUGAGGAUGCGUCGGGCACUGAGCAGGUGUCACCGUCACGUCGGCUCCGCCGCCAGAGCUCGGCAACCAAUGGCCACACCAAGCUGCAGAGCCAGCCAAGGAAGAGGAAGACGCCAAUGAAUGGCGGGGUAACACGGAGGUCGUCGCGCAAUCGUCGGCGCAGACUAUCAAAUGAAUCGGAUGCGUCAGAUGGAUCAGACUAUAUGGCAGAGAAUAACAAUGGGGACGAAGAUGACGAUUUUGAUGCCCCCGAGGACGACGAAGACGAAGACGACGACGACGACGACGGACUGUAUGACUAAGCUUAUCCAAUACCUCAAAAUAUCUAUAUAUGUUGCAUAUUUUUGUAAUCUUCACAUCCCCUGGAUAUCAUGCAUAUAUGCCGGGCUGGCCAUGAUCAGUGUUGGUUGGCUCACAUUUUAUUUGCCAAAUGUGUUAUUCAGCCCGAGAACAUGCAUCAUACAACAAAUGUAUUCAUCUAUACGAGUACAUGCCGUAUAUACACCAAGCAUCGUUUUUUGCUAUACUCAUACAGCCUGCAAUUUGGAAACAUCACAUUUGUGUCUCUUCCAAACGCC